AUGUCUGUUAGCAUCCCAGCUGUUGCAAACACGGCUUCAUCUACAAUCAAAGCAAGAUUUUUCUGCCCCCAUGAGACUGUCCCUCGUGCUGCGACUAUUCUCGGAUUCCCAUCCCAGUCUCCAUCGCCUCAGCGUACUACGAAAGCGCAUGUUUUGGCCUCUGUAAUUUCGGUUAAUGAACCAAUUCGACUAUAUGCACGACCCGAAGAUGUCCAGAAAGCAAGGUCAAUGAUAAGCCAGGCUAUUACAAAAUAUCCGAGUAACACCUCGAACAUUUCUGUCAUUCCAUUCCUCACAAAUCACCUUGGGGUCCGCGAUACAGGACCCGUCUAUGUACGCGGCAUUGGCGAAUCCAUCCACCAACGUCUUGCAAUCAACUUCCGUUUCAGUGAAUGGGGAAGAAAAAAUGGGAUUGGCGACCACGACCGGGCUUCAGUUGGGCUUGAUUGGCCUGUGAUGACGUCUGAACAGAUCGAAGAAAACGGUACCUUUGCCAGCAGGGUUAUCGAAUCUGAUGUUCUUCCAUCUCCGGUGACUCUGGUGGAAUCACAGGUCCGUUUGGAAGGUGGUGCACUAGCUGUGGAUGGCGAAGGGAUGCUUCUGGCCACUGAAAGCAGCAUCAUCAACGAAAAUCGAAACCCGGCGAUUGAGACAGAGCUACAUCGUCUGCUGGGUGUUGAGAAAAUUAUCUGGUUCCCCGGCAGAAAGAAAUUGGAUGUUACUGAUGUGCUCGUUGACGCUGAAGUCAACUUUGUCCGGCCCGGAGUUGUUGUCCUCUCACGACCCCAUUAUACCGUGCCUAAGGCAUGGAUACAGAUUUAUGAGGACAUCAGAGACAUUCUAGGGAAGUCGGCCGAUGCGAAGGGUCGUCCUUUUGAGGUACACAUAGUAGACGAGCCGAGCCCCGAAAUCUUCGGGGUCUUGUCAUACGAUGAACCGGCGACUAACUGGGAAUUUUUAUUUCGUCAAUGGGGGGGCUUAUUCUUCCUCAAUUCGGCGAUAAUCGGCGAGAUCAAGCGGCCUUGGUGUUGUUUCAGAAGCUGUGCCCUGAUCGCGUGGUUCAGCCAGUGUUUUUGUCUGCGCUUCCAUUGGCUGGGGGUGUGA